GUGGUGGGCAAAGCUCCAUAUUUCCUCUCAAAUAAGAAGCCUGGCCCAUUAAAGGGUUAGAAUAGGUUGAUAAUGAUAUAUCAACAAAUAUAUUCUACAACUAUCAACUGAACGCGAGAACUGUAUGACCUUCACUCUGUGAACUUGUUACAUAAAACAAAGAUUAAAUACCGCUAACAUUAUCUUAUUUUGAAUGCGUAUCUUUUGUUUUAUCAUCUUAAAAUAAUUACUCGUAAAAUGUCAAUAAAUGUCGUCAGUUUCUGGGAGUCUGCGCUCGCGAAAAGUAAAAAUGACUGAAAAUGAGGAAAACUAUGCAGCUGUGCUUUAUGGACCCAGUGACCUGAGAAUCGAAAAAUGCCCGAUGCCGGAGAUAAACGAUGAUGAGGUUCUAAUAAGGAUCGAGUGCUGCGGGAUAUGCGGCUCGGAUCUGAAGAUGUACUCCACGGGCAAGUGCGGCUUCGAGAGUGUCACCGAGCCCAUCAUACUGGGGCACGAGGGCGCUGGUGUUGUGGUCAAGGUGGGGAGCAAUGUGCGUAGCCCAGCGGUGGGCGAGCGCGUGGCGAUAGAGCCGACGCAGCCGUGCCGCGCGUGCGCGCAGUGCCGCCGCGGCCGCUACAACCUGUGCCCGACGCCGCGCUACUGCUCCACGGCGGCCGCGCCCGGCAACCUGUGCCGCUACUACUCGCACGUCGCCGACUUCACGCACAAGAUCCCCGACAACCUGAGCAUGGAGGAGGGAGCGGCCGUGCAGCCGCUGGCCAUCGCCCUGCACGCGUGCCGGCGCGCGCGCGUGCGCGUGGGCAGCGCGCUGCUGGUGCUGGGCGCGGGGCCCAUCGGCGUGCUGUGCGCCAUGACCGCGCGCGCCAUGGGCGCCACCGCCGUGCUCAUGACAGACGUGGUGGCGUCUCGUCUAGAGACCGCCAAGAAGCUGUGCGCGACGCACACACUGCUGGUGACGGCGGCGCACAGCGAGCAGCACGUGGCGGAGCGGGCGACGGAGCUGCUGGGGACCGCGCCCGACGUCAGCAUGGACGCGUGCGGACUCGCGUCCGCGCAGAGCAUCGCUAUGCUGGCGACCCGCUCCGGCGGCACGGUGGUGAUCGUCGGCAUCGGCGGCGAGCGCGCGGAGGUGCCGCUGACGGGCGCCAUGCUGCGCGAGGUGGACGUGCGCGGCGCCUACCGCCUGCUCAACUCAUACCCGCAAGCUCUGGCCGCGGUGUCGAGCGGCGCCAUCGAUCUGAAGUCAUUCAUCACCCAUCACUUCCCCCUCGAGAGGACCAAAGAAGCUAUGGAGUUCGCUAAAACCGGAGAACCGAUGAAAAUUAUCAUACACAUGUAAAGAAAAGCAAGUCAAAAAGGCAGAUUCUUAAAUUUUAACCACUUAAUAUGAAAAUAGAUUUGUAAUAACAGGAGUGACAUGUACCUUUAGUGGCGUGCAUAAGGUUGUUGAUCAGGGUAUCCACUAGUAAGACAAAUUAUCCAAAUGGGAAAUCUUGCAUAUAAUAAGCAUUAAGAAAACCACAUUUUAGCGCCACUGUGUACCUUGUAUAAAAGUCGUUUAAAAUAAAGAUUUAAAAAAAUAAGUGGGGUCGGCAAAUUAUGUCCAUUCGUCUCCUUCACAUUUUUUUUUACAAAUCAAAUAUAAUGAGCUUUAAAUCUUAUUUACUGAAAAAUUAAUACGAGGCCCCGCUUCCAUCCGCGUAGUUCCCGUUCGCGUGAGAAUAAAGAGAUAAAAUAUAGUCGAUUUAUGACACUUGCAAAUAGCGUGGCCUUGUAGUGGUAAAUGAAUUCAGAAUCGGUUCAGUAGAUUAUCCCCUACUAUACCACAAACUUUACCUCUUUAGAGUAUUAGUAUACUGCCGUGCUAAGAGCAAAGCGGUAUCUCAGUGACAGCAAGUUUCGAGAUAAUUGAGACCUCUACUUCCUUACUAUAGCUCUCGCCUUUGGCUCGAGCUGCAAUAUAUAAUUUUCAAUUUACCGCACUUAUAUCAUAAGGUAAAAGUGAGAUAGGAAAAGCUUUCUUAAUGGGUUUUCUAUACUUUAAUAAUAAAAUACUGCUAUUAGGUUUUUACUUCUAUAAGGUUUUUAGAUGGAUAUUUUUCUAAACUAUCUGAUGGCACAAAAAUCUUGGCCUAUUCUCAUAGAUACCGGAUAAGCACAAAAAAUUUCAUCAAAAUCGGUCAAGCCGUUUCGGAGGAGUAUGGCAACGAAAACUGUGACACGAGAAUUUUAUAUAUUAGAUUUAAAUUUUUCAACCAUAUAUUAUAAAGAACAAAUAAAAAUACGCUCUGUUUUCAAUAAAAAUAAAAA